AUGGAUUUCUUUAACGACUCAAAUUUUUCCAUCGGUGGCACAAAUGUAACAACAGCUGUAGAUGGGACCCUUCACUGCAGUGCCAUCCUCCCCGUCAUAUUCGGCAUUAUCUGCUUUCUGGGUAUCAUAGGGAACUGUAUCGUCAUGUACACCAUCAUGAAGAAGACCAAGUGUCACGCCAAGCAGACUGUCCCAGACAUCUUCAUCUUAAAUUUGUCUGUAGUUGAUCUCCUGUUUCUCCUUGGGAUGCCUUUCCUUAUCCACCAGUUGCUGGGCAACGGUACCUGGCACUUUGGAGCCACGAUGUGUACCGUGAUCACUGCGCUCGACUCCAAUAGCCAGAUUGUCAGUACUUACAUCCUCACCGCGAUGACCCUCGACCGUUACUUGGCUACAGUCCAUCCCAUCCGCUUCAACUAUGUCCGCACACCCUGUGUUGCCACGCUGGUUAUCGGACUGGUGUGGGGUCUGUCUCUACUCACCAUCAUCCCUGUUUGGAUGUACGCAGGCCUGAUGCCUCUCCCAGAUGGCCUGGUGGCCUGUGCUCUCCUUCUGCCUGAUCCAGUCACCGAUACAUAUUGGUUUACACUCUACCAGUUUUUCUUGGCCUUUGCUAUACCCUUGGCUAUUAUCUGCGUGGCAUUCUUUAAGAUCCUCCAACACAUGUCCACCAGCGUGGCGCCACUGCCUCCGCGGAGUUUGAGGGUGCGCACCAGGAAGGUGACCCGGAUGGCAGUGGCCAUCUGCUUGGCUUUCUUCACCUGCUGGGCUCCUUACUACAUCCUCCAACUCAUCCAUCUCGGCGUGCAGAAGCCAAGCAUUGCUUUCUCCUAUGCCUACAAUAUUGCCAUCAGCAUGGGCUACGCUAACAGCUGCAUCAAUCCAUUCCUCUACAUUAUCCUCAGUGAGACCUUCAAGAGGCAGUUUCUCCGGGCUGUACGCCCAGUUAAUAGAAAGUUCCGCGUGAAUCCAAGCACCACGGACGGAGGCAGUGUGAGUGUGAGGAUGAUACCCGAAGGGGUUCAGCAGGAGCCGGCCUACGAGGAGAUGUUACCAUCCGGUGCAGCACCAGAAUGA